GCACGCUCAGUGACCUGGCGCUCGGACAAAAUAAAAAAAUCCUGCCCUCGAUUCGAUGGACAAUCUACGGAAAGGGGACCCAUUUUGGGGCCGGAAAACCUCCAUUUCUCCCACUCGCUGGUGAGAAUUCCUCGGUUGAUAGUUUUUCCAAUAUGAAGGAGAUGAUUGGGGGAUGCUGUGUUUGCGGGGAUGAACGCGGCUGGACUGAGAAUCCCUUGGUAUAUUGCGACGGGCAAGUUUGUAAUGUGGCGGUUCACCAAGCUUGUUAUGGAAUAGUGACAGUCCCCACUGGACCUUGGUAUUGCCGCAAGUGUGAAUCACAAGAGAGAGCUGCUAGAGUGCGUUGUGAGCUGUGCCCGCAGCGAGAGGGCGCUUUAAAAAGGACCGAUAAUGGAGGCUGGGCGCAUGUCGUCUGUGCGCUUUACAUCCCCGAAGUUGACUUUGGAAAUGUGACAACUAUGGAACCUAUCCUGUUAUCUUCUGUACCUCAUGAUCGAUAUAAUAAGUCGUGUUGUUUGUGCGAGACGAAAGGACGAGAGAGUAAAGCUACCAUUGGUGCUUGUAUGACCUGUAAUAAGAACGGUUGCCGACAAUCGUUUCACGUCACUUGUGCCCAGCAGGACGGCUUGUUGUGCGAGGAGGCUGGACCAUACAACGAUAACGUCAAAUACACAGGUUACUGCUCAUAUCACUACACCAAGUUGAAUAAAAACAAGGAUAUCAAGACAAUACCUCCCUUCAAGCCUCUUGGCAGUGCGUACAGCACCCCCGAAAAGGCAGCGGAAAGGCCUUCUGAUAAGACUGAUAUAAAGACAGAUAAAACGGACAAGUCAGAAAAGUUGAGACUUGAGAAGGUCAAUAAGGGGAAACCCGAACGCAAGAACAGGUUUUGCAUAGCAGAGGCCAGUGCUGCCCUGCUGGCACAGCAGGAAAGUGCUGCAGAGGCUAGAGCAGCUGAGGCUAAAGCCGCGGAGGCACGUCUCACAGAAGCACAUGCCGCUGACUCCAAGUCAGUGACAGUUGCAUCCAGCUCUCCCAGUGGUGGUGGAAAGCAGGAAGACUCCUCUGGGAAGUUUACCAACGCCAAUUUUACCGAGACUGUCAUUGGUCCUGCAGGGACACCUCCGUCUGCCUCAGCAGAGGAUCCAUCUUCAGGCGACAGCUCCUUGAUCCUGAAAUUCACCCGGAACACUGUUACUCAGCCUGGUCACAGGGGUCGGAAGAGUAGCUCGCUAAAGUUAGAUGCACCUGGCUCUGGUGACAACCAGUCUACAGCUGCAUCGUCAAAAUUAGGUGGUUCGGAGUUCAGCGUCAGCUAUUCUGAACGCGUCUCCUCCCCCAAUCAGUCAGCAGAGGAUUCCACCUCCAGUCUGAAACCGACCAAGUCGAAGAAGGUUGGAUCCAAAUCCAACCCCGCCACACCAACUCCCACAACCCCUAUGGUGGUCACAGAAACAGUCAUGGUCAAGGACCUACCACCUGAGAAAUCCCGUGAGACUCCCACAGUGGACGUCGAGACCGUUAUGUCCUCCUCACCUUCCAGGACUGGACCAGGUAAAACCACCUCCUACACAGAUGCCUAUGAGGAAUUCAUGGCCAAGUACAAAUCGGAGCAGCAGGAAGAUGGGCCCAGCAAGAAGAAGGAGAAGGAGGAGGAGACUUCACCCGAUCCCCCGACCCCGACGUUCACUCCAACGUCGACCUUCCCUCCAACGCCGACCUUUUCUCCAACACCGACGUUCCCUCCAACGUCCAAGAUAAUCACCCCCAAGCCGGUCGUCCACAAACCCUCCAGCUCCAAAGCGGCAAUAUCCACAACUUCCAGCAGCGGCGAUGAGGCUACCAAGCGGGAACGGAAGAAGCACCGAAGCGCGAAGCGGAAAGACAGCAAGAUGAACCGGCCACGGUCGGCGAUGCGGUCGCUGAGUGGGGGAGACGGCGUGCCCAACAAGAAGAGGCGGUCCAGCGGAUCAUCCGUGGGAAGCCCCUCCGGGAUAGGCAUGCCGAGGUUAAGCUUCAGCGGACCUGGUGGCAGCGGUGGCUUAAAUUCUCCGCUGUAUCCAGCGGCAUCCAUGCCAAGCUUCCUGAGCCCGGCUGUCAAUCACGAAGAUUCUACAAUCCAAGAUGUCUUCAACAUGGCCGGACAGAGUGGACUCAUCGGGCCACAGUCGCGGCUGGCGGCACUCCAUAACCGGCAGCAUACAGAAGCCAACCAACCUUCUGGGAUGCCAGCUACCAUGGAGCAGUUAUUAGAGCGACAAUGGGACCAAGGCUCUGAAUUUCUCAUGCAGCAAGCCACUCAUCUCGACAUCGCCUCUCUGCUGUCCUGCCUGUACCAGCUCCGGCAGGAGAACACGCGCUUGGAGGAGUACAUCUUGUCACUGGUCCAGCGUCGUGAUCACUUGCUUGCCGUCAACCUCCGGCUCUCGCGACCUCUGAACCAGGGUGGGUCGCCCGAGAACGCCAACUCGCGGCGGAGUCCGAGGUUCAAUAACGUGAUCCAUUCGGAUGUGACGACGCUGAGCGCAAGUAGCCAGGACCUGAACAGCAGUCGGAGUAGCACCCAGAGCCUCAACCACUCACUGAACCACUCCUACAACCAGUCCCCUUCCCUCCCCGCCUCCCAGCCCUCCCAAGCCACGCCCCCUAACAUGAGCCUCAACCACGCCCAGCUACCCUUGCACCCGUCCAGCACCCCGCAGAACAACGGUGUGGCGCACCACGUGGCCCAGUCUUCCUCUACGGCGCGCCACAGCCCCGCCAACCCUUCCCACACUUCCACGGGGGUCUCCGCGACCCACAGCGCGACCCAGGUCGUCUCCGGUCACGGGCAGGCCACCCCUCCCCCCGGGCGGCUCACGCCGGGUCACGCGCCGCCGGGCCGCAUGACCCCCAGCCAGGACCGGGCGACCCCUGUGCAGGUCAAGACGACCUUGGGUCAAGGGUCGUCAUCGGGUCACGGGGCUGACGUCCACAAACGAGUGCCAUCAAGAGACAGCACGAGCACUGAGUCGUCUCACUCCAGUCGGGACAGCACGAGUCGCGAUCAGCUCAGUUUACCGACCGUCAACGCUGGUUCACAUCCAACCAUGGUCCUCCAGCAUCCACACCUUAGCACGCUGGUUCAGCAACAUCUGACGCCUGAACAGCAUCAGCAUUUAGUGUACCAGAUGAUGCAGACACAGAACCAAGCCGGGCUGGGCUUGUCGGUGUUACUCCCCACUGGCAUCGGAACGGCCACCACUACAACCACCAUCAUGCCCCUCAAUGGGGAACUACAGACGCUGACGGCACACACCCAGCCACAGAACACCAGCAGACCCAAGAGUCCAAGAGGAGGCGAGAGACGACAAACAAGUUCUAAAGACAAGAGCUAGCAUCAAGUUAACUGCUUAGCGUAAGUUUGUAAUAAAAAUAAUACUUAACAAAAAAUUUAGGAGACUUUUAUCAUUGUGUUCCCUUCCCUCAAAUAAUAAGACCCAUUUUGUAAAAAAAAAAAAAAAA